UUUAAUAAGAGAGAGGAUUAGAACUAACAUAGGGAUAGAGAGAGAGAGAGGGAGAAUAGGGCUUUGAUUUUGAGGUGGCCCUAGUACCCAAGUAGCUGCAAAUAAUACUGUUAUAUAUGUGCCUCCUUCCAGUACUCAGCACCACCAAUGUACCAACACAACAACACUUCCUCUUUCUUUUCUCCCUCCCAUUACUCUUCCCUUCUCCCUCUUCAUAUCAAACAAAACAAUUUAACAAAAACACCACACCUACCAUAAAACACCCUACACUAUCAUCCUAUACACCUAAACACACUUCCAUUAACUCCCUUUAUUUUCCUCUCCCCCAUUUUCUUUCUCUCCACAUUCCCAGUUCCCUGAAACUCACACAGUGCAUGAUCUAGAGCUUCAAUGGCUUCCGCCUGCGUCAACAACACCAUCGGCGACAAGAGCUUCCUCCCUUGGGAUCCCGAACCCGCCGACUUCGAGUUCCGCCUCCAAGACCCCGUCGCCAUGCUCCCCGCCGACCAGCUCUUCUCCGACGGGAAGCUCGUCCCACUCCACCUCAAACCCACCUCAUCCUCCUCCGCAGCAGCAGCCAUUUUCACCACCACCGCCGCCGCCACCACCUCCGUCGCCGACUGCUCCCUCUUCUCACCCAAGGCUCCCCGCUGCUCCAGCCGCUGGAAGGAUCUCCUCGGCCUCAAAAAGCUCUACCACUCCACCAACAACAGCUCCUCCGCCGCCGCUAAAUCAUCGCCGUCGCCGUCGAAAUCGCUGAAACACUUCCUCCACCGACCCAAAUCGGAAAACCACGCCUCCUCCUCCUCCCUCAGCCUCCCCUUGUUAAAGGACUCCGACUGCGAGUCUCUCUCUAUCUCCUCCUCUCGCCUCUCCCUCUCUUCCUCCUCCUCCGGCCACGACCACGACGAUCUCCCUAGACUCUCCCUCGAUUCAGAGAAACCCAACAACCCGAACCAGAAUCCAAACCCGAUCUCCAUCCACCGUUCCACCACCACCAACAACAACCCGAGGGUGCGGCUGGUGAAGGCGAGAACCGGGUCCGGGUCCUUCGACGGGAACAAAACGGAGCAACAGCAGCAGAAUCCGGGUAACCGGGCCGGGAGAAGCCCGAUCCGGAUGGAGCAGCAAUCUGGUACAGGAGGGUGCAGGGGAGUUUCCGUAGACAGCCCAAGGAUGAACUCUUCAGGGAAGAUAGUGUUUCAGAGCUUGGAACGGAGCUCAAGCAGCCCCGGCAGCUUCACCGGCGGGCCACGGUUCAAGCACCGUGGCAUGGAGCGGUCGUACUCCGCCAAUGUCCGGGUCACCCCGGUUCUCAAUGUCCCGGUUUGCUCACUCCGUGGCGGGUCUAAAUCCGGUUCGGUUUUUGGGUUCGGCCAGCUCUUCUCUUCGCCGCAGAAGAAAGACGGUUCAGGUUCAACCACCGCCACCAACAAGAGCCACCACCACCACCACCAACAACUACACAGUGUUAGACACCGUUCUGAUCGAAAUUAAUUAAUAGAGAGUGAAAGUGAAUGGGUAACGGUUAAUUUUAAUUAGGCUGUUUUGGUUUUUUUUCUUUCUUUUAUUAAUUUUGCCACUUUGAUUUGUUUUCAUGUUUUCUAAUCUUGUAGUGACAAAAAAAAUUGCAGGGGUAUUACAUUGUUGAUUUGGGGGGUUACUUUGGUCUUUGAUUAACAAGUUUUUAAGAUAAUGUAUAUACUCAGGGGGUGUGGUGAGGGUGAGAUUUUUAGAUGAUGAUGAUGAUGUUCAUGUUCAUGAUGAUGAUGUUUCUAACUUAGUUGAGCUUUUUUCACUGCAAUUCCUUGGGUGUUGUUUGUCAUGGUAUGGUCACAAAUCACAAUCUGACCUGAGAAAUAUAUGGAAUAAUCUCUUAUCUCCUUACAA